AUGAAAUGGAUCUAUGCAACGACGACGGUGUUGUUGGUGGCGCUUCAAGUUCAAUCGAUAUGGGCGAGAUGCUGUGGAAAUAGUUUGCCCGAUUUUAUGUGCCCAAGCGCUCCAAGUUCCUUGGUAGUCAAGGUUCAGCAUGAUAUGUACUGCAAUCGGUUCUACAGGUGCGUUGAUGGACGAGCUCAACAGGCUUGGUGUGAACGGGGAACGUACUUUAAUCCCCAUUUGAACGGAUGUUUUGCGGAUGAUUCGGUUUGUGUUGCUGACCCACCGUGUAUCAAGAAGGUUGGAAAAUGUGCCCAUCGAGCGAACCAUUUGGUGGCUAGUGACAUAAAUCUGAGUGAGUUCUAUUUGUGCAAUGCUGAUGGUACCGGAGUCCUACGUCGCUGUCCUUUUGGUUAUGACCCUGCUGCAAAUAAAACUGUCUCGUUGGUGUUUAGAAAUGGAAAGUGUGAAGCUGCUUCCGGUCAAGCCGGUAGUCCAUCGAUCAUUACGAGGGUUAAUGUAAACGUUAAGCAUCCGGCCAGCUCAACGAAUAUCAACGUCAGUGGCGCAUCUGAGAUUCCAGAAGGAGGUUCGUCCAAUCUGGUUGCGGAUGUGAGCGUCAACGGAAACUCAGCCAGCUCUACCGACCCAUCCAUGGAAGGUGAUCAAGGAGCAGGUUCCGGAUCAGCCGAUGGUUGUUCUGGUUCUGGAGAUGCUGGAGUUGGAUCUCCCGCUGGCGAUGGAACUGGAAUGGAAGGGGAUGGUGUAGGCUCGGGUAAUGCUGGAGGUGAUGAUCCCAAUGCUGGAGGUGACGGCUCCACUGCGGGCGGAGAUGGAUCCGGAAGUCAAGGAGGUGUUGGAGGUUCCGAUGGGUCAGGUUCUACUGCACCUGGGGAUGGGGCUGGAUCAGCUGGAGGAUCUGACAGCGCUAAUCAAGGCGAUACGACUUCAUCUAGCACAGGACCAUCCGAUGGUUCCGGUUCUAAUCAAGGAAGCGGUUGUGUAACAGGUCCUGCUGAUGGAUCCGAUUCUAGUGGUUCCACUUUAGACCCAAGUGGUGGUAGCGGGUCCAGUGACGGAACCAGUCAAGGAGAUGAUGGCAGCUCUUCCACCAAUGCUGGUGACGGUUCAAGUGACGGAUCUACUGGAGUAACGAUGCCUGGUGAUGGAAGUUCAGGUGAUGGCAGCUCUGGAACUGGAUCUGAUAGCGGGUCAGACGUAACUAGUGCACCUGAUGCAUCAGGUUCAACUGCGCCUGGCGAUGGAUCCUCAACUGGUGACGGUAGUGGGUCAGCUGGAGGCGCCAGUGAUGCCAGUUCGGGAUCUGAUAGUGGCGCAGGAGUUACCGAUCCAUCUACGGGAGCUGGAUCUUCGGACUCUACCGACCCAUCAACAGCUAGCGGUGAUGGAUCUGGAUCUUCUGACGGAUCGGGAUCAUCUGAUGGAUCGACUAGCUCUGGUGACGGAAGCACAGCAGCUGGAUCCGAUGGUGGAGCAGGUACUACCGCAUCUCCUGGUGGAUCAGGAUCUGAUGGUUCGACUUCGGCAGACAGUGGUAGCGAUGGAUCUGCCGGAUCAUCAGAUGGAUCCGCUCCUGCUGAUGGCAGUGGAUCAACGGCUAGUCAAGGGCAAGGCAGCGACGCAGGCAGUAGUGACGGUAGUAGUGGAUCAAGUGAUGCUGUAACUGAACCGGGAAUGGUCACCGAUUCUCCGACAACUGCUGCUGGAUCCAGUUCUUCAGAUGCUUCGGACGGAUCUUCUACAGAUGGUAGUGAUGGCAGCUCAGGAACUGGAAGUGAUUCUGGAGCUCCGACUUCAGCACCAAACGAUGGAUCUUCAACGAGUAGCAGUGAUGGCAGCGAUGGAUCAUCGGACGGCUCUUCUUCUUCCGGUGCUGGUGAUGGCAGUACUGGUUCUGGAUCCGAUGCAGGUGGAUCAACUGCUGCACCUUCAGAUGGAUCAACGUCUGCACCUGCUGAUGGAUCAUCGAGUGGGUCAUCUGAUGGAUCCUCUGUAGGACCUUCCGAUGGAUCAUCAGGUGGACCUUCAGAUGGAUCAACUGCUGCACCUUCUGACGGAUCAUCGAGUGGACCUUCUGAUGGAUCCACUAUGGGACCUGCUGAUGGAUCAUCGAGUGGACCUUCUGAUGGAUCAACUGCUGCACCUUCUGAUGGAUCAUCGAGUGGAUCUUCUGAUGGAUCAUCGAGUGGACCUUCGGAUGGAUCAUCGGAUGGAUCUUCAGAUGGAUCAACUGCUGAACCUUCUGAUGGAUCAACUGCUGCACCUUCUGAUGGAUCCACUAUGGGACCGGCUGAUGGAUCAUCAGGUGGACCUUCUGGUGGGUCAACUGCUGCACCUUCCGAUGGAUCAUCAGGUGGACCUUCAGAUGGAUCAACUGCUGCACCUUCUGAUGGAUCAUCGGACGGACCUUCAGAUGGAUCAUCGAGCGGACCUUUAGAAGGAUCAACUUCUGAACCUUCUGAUGGAUCAUCUGGUGGCUCAUCUGAUGGAUCACCGACAACACAGACUUCGUCUGAUGGAUCAACUGCUGCACCAUCUGAUGGAUCAUCAAGUGGACCGUCCGAUGGAUCAUCGAGUGGUUCAUCUGAUGGAUCCUCUGUAGGACCUUCCGAUGGAUCAUCAGGUGGACCUUCAGAUGGAUCAACUGCUGCACCUUCUGACGGAUCAUCGAGUGGACCUUCUGAUGGAUCCACUAUGGGACCUGCUGAUGGAUCAUCGAGUGGACCUUCUGAUGGAUCAACUGCUGCACCUUCUGACGGAUCAUCAGGCGGACCUUCUGAUGGAUCAUCAGGUGGACCUUCCGACGGAACAUCAGGCGGACCUUCAGAUGGAUCAACUGCUGCACCUUCGGAUGGAUCAUCAGGUGGACCUUCAGAUGGAUCAACUGCUGCACCUUCUGAUGGAUCAUCGGACGGACCUUCGGAAGGAUCAACUUCUGAACCUUCUGAUGGAUCUGGUGGCUCAUCUGAUGGAUCACCGACAACACAGACUUCGUCCGAUGGUAUGGAGCCCUAUGAGGAGGAGUAUUAUGAGACCAAACCAACUUACACGAAACCUCCUAAAGCGUACUGA